GUCUGACUCAGAAAACCAGCGUGCAUUGUGGACGUACCCAUAGUCUUCAGUUUCAGUUCGGUUUCGGUUCGGUUUGGUUUGGUUUAAGAAGAAGUUCAAUUCAAAACUUAAACUUCACCAGUGUUUGUGUGUUUGUUUGCGCCUUUCUUGGCUAAUCUCCCAAUCUCCAUUGCAUUAUAUUAUUGACAUUCUGCCAUUAAGAAGUGGGCAAGUUAAUAAAGUUCUUAAUCCUGUGUUUUUAGUAACAUAACUUUUAUUGAAUUCAGGAUUAACUUAGUUAAUUAAGACAGUGAUUUUAUAAUUGUCAGGACAGGACAAAUGCAUUUUUGAAAUCGUCCCACUGUAUUAAAUUUGGCGACAUGACAAACGUACUCAAUAUAAUUUGUCUUGCUGGGAUUUGUUUGGCACAUGGUGCCACGGCUGAAACUCCGGAAUGGCCCCCAACUUACAUAGUUAAAGGAGUAAUAUACAUCCCUUAUGCUGAGAUAAAUGAGCCGUUUGCCAGUUGGUACGAUGCUUCUGUGGGCAAAAGCAGGGUCGACUAUUAUGGAGGGAUGGUGAAAACAUACCAGCUGAGUACAGAAGGUAAUUAUGGAACUUCGCUGAAGAUUGCUCCGAUGACCACAGAGACAGAACUCAAUGCUGUGAGGUGUUUCUUAGUCAACGGCACCAAGCAACAAAAGAUCCAACCUCAGAGUGUGUUGCCAGCUCUAGACGGAUUUGAGAUGAUUGGACAAGAAGUUGUGAACGGAUUGAUGACAGAAAAGUGGCGCAAGAUUGAAAAGUUUGGGGAUGAAAAAUUAAACAAAUACACUAUGUACUUGCGUUGGAAGAAGUCUCCGAAAGCUCCCAAACAACAGAUUCCCAUCCCUGUGAGAUACGAGAUGAAAGGUUUCAACUCUCUGCUCGGCUCUCAUUACGACCACUACUACCUCAACUACGAAGAGUUCACUUGGGACUCUCCACCAGCUGAUGUCUUCAUUGUUGGCAACCAAACUGCAUGUGGCUCGUUCCCUGGACCCGGAGAGGACCACAUCGUCAGCUUCAACCCUAUGUCAGAGUUUAUUGAGGGAGUGACUCACCAUGUAGAUAGUGCCUGGGAGGAGUUCCAGCAAACACACAAGAAGGUCUACCAUCCCGACGAACAUCACACACGUAAACACACCUUCGUCCAGAACCUCAGACUGAUUGCAUCUCACAACCGAGCCAACCUAGGCUUCACUCUGGCAGUGAACCACCUUGCAGAUCGGACACCUGCCGAGCUGAAGGUGUUGAGAGGCAGACGACACACUCCAGGCUACAACGGAGGCAAACCCUUCCCUUACGACACUGCGGCCAUGGCUGCCAGUCUGCCUGAACAGUUUGACUGGAGGAUUUACGGAGCUGUCACCCCUGUCAAAGAUCAGUCAGUGUGCGGCUCAUGUUGGAGUUUUGGCACGACUGGACAUGUUGAAGGAGCGUACUUUGUCAAGACUGGACGUUUGGUCAGACUGUCCCAACAGGCGCUGGUAGACUGCAGUUGGGGUGAGGGUAACAAUGGAUGUGACGGUGGAGAGGACUUCAGAGCCUACCAGUGGAUCAUGAAGCAUGGAGGUCUGCCUUUGGAGGGCGAAUACGGCGGCUACCUGGGCCAGGAUGGAUACUGUCAUAUAAACCAGACUCAGAUGGUUGCUCCGAUCACAGGCUACGUGAACGUCACUUCCAACGACCCGGAUGCACUUAAGAUUGCUCUGCUCAAACAUGGACCGAUAUCUGUAGCCAUCGAUGCCUCUCAAAGGACCUUCUCUUUCUACAGCAACGGAGUGUACAACAGCAAGAAUUGCAAAAAUAACCCAGAUGGUUUGGACCAUGCUGUGUUGCUUGUUGGUUACGGAAAGAUCGGAGACAGAAGCUACUGGUUGAUCAAGAACAGCUGGUCCAACUACUGGGGCAACGACGGCUACAUCCUUAUGGAUCCUGUGGAUAACAACUGUGGAGUGAUGACGGCUCCGACAUAUGUCACUAUGUAACUGUUUCUCACCAUUUAGUAACUUGAGCUAUUAUGCAUUUCCAAACAAAAAAAGACUUAUUAUGUAAGCUACGUGUACAGUGUUUUGAAUUUUAAUAAAAUAGU